AUGAGGAUUUCUCACGUGGAAGCUCGCAUCGAGCAGCAGAUAUCUUUGAGUGCCCUGAUCUUUCAAGCAAUUGAAAGCUUCAAUAAAAUUCCAACGACUGACAUCACUUCAAGGCUGAUUAAAGCUCGUGUUACAGCUUUAAAUGAGAAUUGGGAAAAAUUCUCUAUUGUUCAUGAAGCAGUUAUUGUAGCUGUCAAUCAGCUCAGUACAGAAGACAACGAGUUGAUUCGAAAUCACACUUAUUUUGAAGAGGAUUGCUAUGCUCGAACGUAUGAGCAAUAUCUGGACUCUCUGGACAAGAUGAACGCUCAUCACGACUCGGAUUUUACUAUUCCAAGGACAUCUUCAACUCAAUCUCUCUCUCAACCUGUAUCUAACCAACUGGCUGUUUCUCAUCACACAAGACUCCCUCGAAUCGACCUGCCGAAAUUCAGUGGAAAUGCUUCCGAAUGGAUGUCCUUCAAAGAUCUAUUUUCUUCCAUCAUUAUUGGAAAUAUAAGCCUAAGUCCGGUCGAAAAGUUGCAAUAUUUAAAAGCCAGUCUGACUGGCACUGCAGCUUAUCUCCUCAAGAACACGGCUCUUACUGCGGAUAAUUUCCAAAAGGCUUGGACCGAUCUGAUCUCGUUUUAUGAAAACAAACGACUACUUGUAAAUUCAGCAAUUCAAUCGUUGCUCUCCCUCAAGAAGAUCGCGAAGGAAUCCUCCAGUGAGCUCGAGCGUCUUUACACCAACAUCAUGCAAAUUUAUCGCUCACUAGAGACGCUACAACGCCCAGUUGAACACUGGGAUGAUUUUCUAGUGUUCCUAACCGUUCAAAGGCUGGAUGCCGAAUCCGUUAAAGUCUGGGAGCAUCAUCUCGGUUCCACAAAAGAACCUCCGACUUGGAAACAUCUGUGCAAGACCACUCCCUCGCAAGUAUUGCAUGCCGCUGUACAUGCUAAUCAGGCGUCUAUGUGCACUCUUCUCGCCACCGCUCAAAUGUUAAUUGCCAACGAAAAUGGACGUAUCAUGAAGAUCAAAGCCCUUAUAGAUCAGGGAUCGGAGAUCAACAUCAUUUCGGAAAAAAUUGUCCAAGCUCUCAAGCUUCCUCGCUCCAAAUCAAGUAUUUCCCUGAUAGGUGUCGGGGAACAUUCUACUAACAAGACUCGUGGCAUCACUUUUUUCAAGAUUAUUUCUCUCCAUGAUUCAUCAGAAGAAUUCCACAUAUCAGCGCAUAUUCUCCCUAGCUUAACGAGUUCGAUCCCGUCAAGUAAAGUCUCCGGAGAAUCCUGGUCACAUCUGGAUGGAUUGCCUUUAGCCGAUUUUCAAUAUGGAAUUCCCAGUUCGAUUGAUCUAAUCAUCGGUUCCAAUUGUUACCCUCAGAUCAUUAAGGACGGUUUAAUCAAAGGUCCGCCGAAUACGCCUAUUGCACAAUUAACCUCGUUUGGUUGGAUCCUCUCCGGCCCCGCUUCAUCGGAAUCGACGAAUCGUUCUAUGCGAAGUUACCAUAUUUCAAUGGAUUCCCGCUUAUAUGACCUUCUCCAUCGUUUUUGGCAACUUGAAGAAAUUGGUGCACGCCAAGAAUCCUUCAUCUCCCCGGAAGAUCAACAAUGUGAGCAACACUUUAAAGAUACCCACUCUCGGAACGAUCAAGGACGGUAUGUGGUGCGUCUGCCCUUCAAGAAGCCUCCUCAACGUUUAGGAAACUCUUAUAAUCGAGCUUCAAGAAUGAUGGAUUCUCUGCGAAAUCGGUUUCAAGUGAACGCAAAAUAUGCGGAAGCCUAUUUCAAAUUUAUGAGGGAAUAUGAAGACCUCCAGCAUAUGAAAUUAAUAACCGAUGUAAAUGAAGAACUUUUACCUCCCAAUUUUUAUCUUCCUCAUCAUGGAGUGUGGAGGGAGAGUAGUACAACUACGAAACUACGAGUCGUGUUCAAUGGAUCAAGUCGUACAACAUCCGGAAUUUCUCUAAAUGAGAUAUUGCAUACAGGCCCAAAGCUUCAAGUGGAUUUAUUCAACGUUCUUAUUUGGUUUCGGCAAUUCCAAUACGUCUUUUCUGCUGAUAUAGAAAAGAUGUAUAGGCAAAUCCAAGUACACCCCGACGAUUGGAGAUUUCAACGCAUCCGAUGGUCGAAUUCAGACAAGGAUGUCAACUCUUUUGAGCUCACCACUGUUACUUAUGGAUUGGCUUGCGCGCCUUAUUUAGCGCUUCGUACCAUUACUCAGCUUAUUGAAGAUGAGGGAACCAAUUUUCCAUCAGCAGUUCCUUGCCUAAAACACGGACGAUAUAUCGACGACAUUUUCGGAGGAGCAGAAUCAAUUGGUGAGGUCCAUGAAAUCAUCAAUCAACUUAACCAGUUGUGCAAGGCGGGCGGCUUCCCGCUACAAAAGUGGUCUAGUAAUCACGCUCAUGUACUCCAUCAUCUACCACCAGAACGGUUGAGAAAUCCGGAUCCAAUACCUUUUGAUUUGGACUCCUGUGUAGCAGUACUUGGUCUACAGUGGAAGCCUACUGCCGACUACUUUCAAUUUAGUCUAGAUCGACCUUCUACGGCCACUAUCACCAAACGAACGAUAUUAUCCACGAUUGCUAAGCUCUUCGAUCCGCUUGGACUACUCUCACCUGUAAUCAUCAAAGCCAAAAUACUUAUUCAAGAAUUGUGGAUCAACAAACUCGAUUGGGAUGCGUUGUUACCAAGCACUUUGGCAAAUCAGUGGAUAACUUUCGUUGAGGAAUUAGAAGACCUCAAAUUCAUCAAUAUUCCUCGUUGGCUUGGCAUCAAAUCGGAUAAUCAAGUUCAAUUACACGGAUUUUGCGAUGCAUCUAAUCAAGCUUUCGCAGCAGUAAUCUACCUCCGAACCGUGAACCUUGAAGACCAGAUUAACGUUUGCCUAAUUGCCACUAAAACGAAGGUAGCGCCUUUGAAGCGUCUUACCAUUCCCAGAUUAGAACUAUCAGGAGCAGUACUUCUCACCAAACUAACCACGCACGUCCGUGAUGUUCUCAACUUGAAGGACGUUCCUAUUUACUUGUGGACGGACUCAUCCAUCACUCUAACCUGGAUUCAGAACCAUCCAUCCCGAUGGAAAGAUUUUAUUCAAAAUCGUGUAGUUCAAAUACAAGAAACACUACCUCAAGCUAAGUGGAAAUUCGUUCCCGGCAAGGAGAACCCAGCUGAUUUCGCCACCAGAGGUUUGUCGCCAUCAAAACUCGCGUCCCAAACCAUCUGGUGGAAAGGACCAUGUUGGCUUUCACAAUCGAUUGAUUGUUGGCCAGAUUGCUUCCCUUCAACUGCUACCUCGGAUAAUCUUGAAGAAAGACCCACCAAAGUUUAUUCACUCAUAACCAUUGAACCGCAACCCCCAUGGGAUUUGUUAACAAGAUAUUCCAAUCUCAAUAAGCUCUUACGCAUUACGGCUGUGUGUCAGAGAGCAGUUGAACGAUUUAAACGGAUCAAAAUUAGUCCAAGAGAACUCCUCAGCACGACUGAAUUAGAGUCCGCUAAACUCUAUUGGAUCAACAGCAUUCAACGGCAACACUUCGCUCAUGAAAUCAAGCUUUUAUCACGAGGAGAGUUCCUUCCUAAGUCGAACCCACUCACCAAAUUGACUUCAUACAUUGACGCAUCCGGGCUCUUAAGAACGGGUGGUCGGCUUCAGAAUUCAACGUUACCUCCAGAAAGGAAACAUCUUCUAAUCCUCCCAAAGCAAUCGCCAUUAACGGAGCUCAUUAUCCAAGAUGCUCAUCUGAGAACUUGCCACGGAGGUACACAAGUAACGUUAACCCUCCUGCGAGAUUCUUACUGGAUCAUUGGAGGUCGGUUGCCGAUAAAAAAUUUUAUCCUGCGUUGCGUCAUUUGCACAAGAUACAGACAAAAGAGAGCGCAACAGCUCAUGGGACAGCUUCCGCCUGAACGAGUAACACCGACUUCACGCCCAUUCAUCAACACCGGAAUUGACUACGCUGGCCCCCUUCUCAUCAAGACCUGGAGAGGAAAAAAUGCGCGGCAGUACAAAGCUUACAUUGCCGUAUUCGUUUGUUUUGCCACAUCAGCAACACACCUCGAACUUGUUUCAGAUUAUUCCGCUGACGCCUUUAUAGCAGCAUAUAAAAGGUUUACUGCUCGACGAGGAAUCUGCGUUAACUUGUUCAGUGAUUGCGGUACUAAUUUGAUAGGAGCUGACACGGAGCUAAAGAAAUUACUCUCUGAAGCAUCUCAAGAACAUAAACAAUUGGCCUCCCUACUCACCCAAGACGGAACACAAUGGAAUUUCAACCCGCCUAGUGCUCCUCACUUUGGCGGCAAGUGGGAAGCAGCCGUGAAAUCGGUUAAGUUCCACUUAAAGAGAGUCCUUGGUAAUCACUUGCUUACCUUCGAGGAAAUGACAACACUUUUAACUCAGAUCGAAGCGGUUCUGAACUCAAGACCUUUGUCUCCUCUUUCUGACGAUCCAGAAGACUUAGCCGCAUUAACACCUGGACAUUUCAUCCUAGGACACGCACCUACAGUUCUACCAGAGCCUUCGCUUGAACACAUUAAUUUGUCACGCCUAUCCAGAUGGCAAUUGUUACGACAAAUGCUGGAAAGUUUCUGGUCCCGAUGGUCUAAAGAAUGUCUUCAACGGUUUCACGACACCUCUAAAUGGAGUCAUCCGACACCCUCUUUGAAGAACGGAGAUAUGGUACUAGUAGUCGACGAAAGGUAUCCACCUUCCAAAUGGCCUCUAGGUCGGAUCGUUGACACACAUCCCGGAAAAGACGGCCUUACUCGAGUAGUCACGGUAAAGACUCAAACUACCAUGUUGAAACGACCCGUCGUCAAACUCUGCCCAUUGCCCAUACACCAAGAUCCUUUGUUGGUUCGUUAA